AGUCUGACUGCAUUAGUUAGAUAAUAAAGUGCUUUAUUAACGUAGUAGCUAACUAACUAGAUUAACCUAGCAGUUUAACAUUUUGUUAAGUGUUGUAUGAUGUAUUUGCGUGCGUUUAAAAAAAAAAAGCGGAUUAGCAACAUUUAAACAGCAUCAGUCGUGUUUCUAUGUUGUCAAUCUUACAUCGUGUUCUAAAUAAACUAAAGGUCGGUUCAAACGAAAAGCUAAGCUAGCUAGGUUAGCAAACGUUUCCUAACUUGGCAAGUUUGAUAAAAACUAGGUUGUUUAAUAAGGAAUAAAAGGUAGUCUCUAAUGCUUGUUAGAUUCUGUGUUUGUAAAGAAUUUUACCUAGUUAGUUAACUUAAUACCAGAGAUUAAGUGUUAGCUAGCUCGACAAGUUAGCUAGCUGUCGUGCUAUAAACAUGAGCUUUAACGCUAGCUAAAUUACUCUUACUUAGCUUCUGUUAUAACAAACAAGCUAGUUACCUAACGUUAUGGAUAACAUUAUCACCAAACAACGACAUGAACGCGACACACACGGAGCAGGCAAGAGUAAAACGGCAAACAUAAAAAUACCCAAAAACGAGGAUUCUAGUCCAAGGAGUGGAAACGCGUCUCCUACUCUUUGGGACUCCUUAGAGUCAGACACUGAAAGUCUGGUACAGGAGAAAGCUUACCAACGGGAGCUAAAACAGCGUAUUGUGGAUGAAGACAACACCCCUUUUAUUGAAACCGGACGCGAGAACUCCGUGAAUGAAGACCGCGGUAACGUUAAUUCUUACAGGAGGACAGAAGCACAGCAUCCCCCUGUCACCGGGAUAUAUGGAGUUCCGGGUAAAAGCACAACACUGCCAAGAGAGAACCUCCGUGGAGAUGACUACGAUGAUUUGCGCUAUGAUCCAGACUGGAGAAAGAAACUGGCUGGUGCAGAGUUUCUCCAACAUGUCCAGACCAGCCUCUCUCUGGACUCUUCUGGGGAGCCUGAAGAUAUGGUCUCAACAGGACGGCAUGAAUAUAUAGUGGUGAAAAAUCCUGCAUCUGCAGCGAUGGAUAUUGUUCAUCCCAGCCCUCCUUCAUCUUCCUUUCACCUUCACCCACAACAGAGACAAUUUAGUCAUGAAGACACAAUGCUAUCGGUUCCACAAAGUUCAUAUACAUCUUCUGAGAGCACACCACGUUUGAAUUCAGACAGGCUUUCAAAAACUAAAGACAGAUCUGCCGACCACCUAAGCACAACUAAAAUAUUGCCCUCUUCUUCUUCACAGUCCAGCCAGCAGAGAGACAGUAACAAGCAAUAUGACAGAGAGGAUCAAAGCAGAGCUUCUGCUCAGGGAGAAAGUAAAGACAGGCUCAACUUGGUACUCCCACAGAGGAGACAUUCCCGAAAAGUUAAAGAGCCCAGGCCGAGAGAAGACAUAGUGGAGCGCAAUAAAGCAACCUUAGGGAGAAACACUCACAAACAAGGGUCCUAUCUGAAGGCCUAUGGGCAAAGAGGAAAGAAACAAGAUGAGGCAAAUGAGCUCACAGAGCCUUCUGAGGACACUGCCAGCAUUGACAGCCAGGGAAGCCCAGACAAUGCCCUAGACUCAGAGCUGAUGUGGAUACAAAAAACUCAAAAACUAAAGGUUCAUAAAGAGACUAAGCGCUCAGAUGGAGCCAGGCAUCAGCGCCGCAGACCCAGACCCAGGAUCCAGCUGAAUCCUCACGUGGAGAGACGUGUUUCAGAGGUGGGUCACCAACAGCAGACCUCCUCUGAGAACCAGAUACACACUCCAUCUGACUCUGAAAGAGUCUCUAAUUCUCCUGGCCAGGAAAGUCUCAAUUCAGCUCCAGCGGUCAAUCUCAACAUGAACCUAAACACUCCGGCUAAACUGGCAGUGCCUUUCCUUGGUCAUGAGCUGCAAGAGCACGUUUACACACUCGCCCCACCACAAUGGAGGAACAGGACAGAUGUGUAUAGCCCAACUUUUAUACACCCUGGUUAUGCCAUCCACCAGGUGAGCUCCUCCCCUCAGCUGCCUGUGUCUGUCCUGACCCCUGGGCAUGUCCAUGUGGGCAGAAACCAUCCCCAGGUCACUGACAGAAUAAUGAGUGGUGAAUCCAUCCUCAGAGUACAUGAGAACAGCAGUGCCAGGAUUGCUCCAAAUUGGCCAUUUUCUACAGAAAAACACAGCUUGGACACUCCUGAGGUGGUGGUGUUUGAUGAGGGAGACUCUGGUCACACACUUAGAACAAACAGCAGCAACGGCUACCCAGUGCUGCCCCCAAUAGGCAAGUCCAACGGCAGCAGUGAAGAGCUGUACAGUGACAGAACAGCACCAGAUUCAAAUGCUAUGCAGAGGAGUUGCUCAGAGGGGUAUCUCGCACAGCUGGAGAAACAAAGACAGCUUAAAGCCAGGACUUACAAGGAAUACACGCUAAAGGACUACAAGAGCUUGAAUCAGCAGGUGAAGCUGGGAGGUCUUGGCCCAUCCAACACUGUUGAUGAGACCAUGGCCGAGAAAAUUAGACGGCAGAAGCUGUAUUCAAAUGUGAUCCGCGAGCAGAACAAGAAGAUAAGUAGGAUUCCCUUUCUGUCGGACAGAAACCCAGUGGGCAGUGAAAACAAGGACGCUAUUCCCAGGAAGAAGGCUUUGGAGUAUGCCAAAACCAUUGCAAAGCCCAAAGCCCCUCAGCAGCAGAGGGUGAAGCUUAUUGAGAAGAGAGAGAGUGAGGAUAUGUUUGAGCACUCUGCAUAUCUCCAGUUAGGAGUGGAUGUCUCCCAGAUAGCUGCUCUGGAGGUGCUGAGAAAACGGCACGAGCAGGAGAAACAGGCAGUGGCACGCUUCGCUGGCCUCCACGGUGGUUUAUCUGCACCAUCUGUUAACACCCACUGAACAGUGUUAAGCCUCAGAAGCGAGCCUAAUCAAUGCCGGACCUUUUUGAAUUAAUGAGGGACGGUGCCCUCUCUUUACAUCUUUUUUAUUUAUUUAUUUUUUCCCCUCUCCGUGCUGCCAUAGAAAUCAGUUCAUUGAAGAAGGCUGUAAAUUAGCAUCCCCUUUCUGAGGCUGGGCUUUGAUGUGGGUGCUGCUGAAGGACUUGGCAGAGCCCUGCCAAUGAGCUGAUGGAGCCACGCGCCGCAAACCGCUUAAUCUUUUAAUUGAUCACCUUCCACACAACCUAUUCUCAUCGUUUUUUUUCUCCCCUUCUAAACCAGAAUCCCGUUCUACAAACACUGCAUGAAUUGCUUUCCAAAAAGGGCGUAAGAGUGGCAUGCAUCCCCAACCCCAUUAGGCUAAACACUCACAAAUGAAUGCUUGCUGCACAUCAGACUAGAAGAGUCUCAAGGGCUGGUAUGGAGGGUGGCUGGCAUACACUGUAAGUCCGACAGUAACCAGACAACCCACCUAUAAAUGGCUUAAUAAAUUCAGCUACUUUAGAGUUGGCCUUAAAAGGUGAUAAUACUAGUGCUUACUUGCAUAAAGCAGCUUAAACCAUUUUUAUAGGGAAAACGCUGCUAAUAGAAUGGGCCAGAUGAGACUGGGCCAAAUGUCAGCUAAAAACCCAGUAAUACUUAUGGAACUGGAUAUGGAACUAUGCAUCUACAGUACCUUCUUUGACAUAAUGGAGCCCCAUGGGGAUGAUUUUGCGGUGUUGUGUAUCCAGAAGCCCAGAACUAUUCAUGACCUCACAGCAAUGUUCCAACAUAUACUGUGAACCCUUGCCAAUAGAGGAACGAGUAGUGGCAGCAAAGUGGGGCCUUCCUGCCUUCCUACCUUUGAUUAUUGAAGAUGCAUUGGAAGAGCAAAUGUCUACAAACUUAGGAUGAUUCAUUGUGCCCCUGUGUCAUCCCAUCUGAGUACACCCCCUUAAGUUCUCUGUUUUUCAGGUUUCUAGAGCUGAAAUAUUACCAUCUGGCUCAAUAAUAAGGGCAUUAGUAUUGGUAUGCUUUUAAAUUGAGUUUUAUGUUGCUAUCAUAUAGCUCAAGUGGUAAUGUAUUGAAGCAACCCUUCAUGUCUUAUGUUCCUACAUAAGUUGGACUAUUCUGGCUGUGAGGCUGGAGACUUUUGGUUUAUAUUUAAUAUAGACAUAAGUUUGAUAAUACGUUUACUCAUAUAGCUUUAGUUCAGGGAGUUAUAUUUGCGAUAUCAUUUUUUUAAAAAUAAUAUACAGGUAAAGGUUUGGACACACCUUUUCUCAUUCAAUGUGUUUUCUUUCUUUUUAUGAUUUUUACAUUGUAAAUUUAAUAAAUGUGAAGCUUUACAGGAA